AUGGAUUUCAAUGGCAUGCGAGAUCUUGAGUCUGAGAAACAAAUAUGUGCAGGCCAUUGUCGCGUCUCUAGGCUUUGGCUUGGUGCAAGUGUCACGACAGACAAAGUCCUGCAUUUAGACAUGAUAUUGAUGGAUUCCAAGGGAAAUGAUAUAUGGGUCCACAUCCCACCGGUGUUGCAAGAGCAUUUCAAGGCACUGCUGCAGGAACAAGAAGUUUACAUCAUCAAGGACUACGAAAUUCACACGACCCAACUCAAAUAUCGCCCCAUUGCCAAUUCAUAUAUCAUGACUUUUAAUCGGACGACUACUGUCCAACGUGUUCCUGACAUCCCUUCCAUUCCUACCUUCAAGUUCAGUUUCACUAAAGCAAGUGAGAUGAAGGAUAAAUUGGGACAAAUCAUCAUCCUCUCAGAUGUUGUUGGCGAAUUGGUGAAGCACUCAAAUCUCCUGACCACAACCAAUCUUUCUCGGAAAACCACUAGAAAGGAACUUGAGCUUAAACUGAUUGAAGGUGAUGUUGUGAAAGUUGUUAUCUGGGGUAGAGUUAUAACUGAAUUUGAUAAAAUAGUCAAACCUGCUGGUGAUCAACCAAUAAUUCUGGUAGUCACUGCUGUUUCUGUGAAUCUAUUCAAGAAGAUGUACAACCAGAGCAGCCCCUGUAUGUUGAGCUGCCCCCACCUGCCCCCAUUCCUGAACUUUCGCUGCCUGAAUUGCUGGGAUUACAUGUGGAUCCGGACAGCGAGAUAUCGGAUUCAGCUUGAGGUUGAAGCCAAUUCAAAGUCAGCAACCUUUAUAAUUUUCGAGUAUGAAGGGAAACGAUUCUUUGGCCCAACUGCUAAUGAACUAUUCAAUAGAACUGGUCAAAACUAUGAAGAACCCCCUGCAGAUCUGCUCAAAGUAGUUGGUGUCACCAAGCUGUUCCAUGUGAAGUUCAAGCCAAAUCUAUACAGUGAUGCUCAACCCGAUUUCACAGUGUUAAAAAUUUUGGAGCCUGAAGCAACG